GGGCCCUAAAUUGAACACCUCGGCUAAUCCAGAAACCACCAUGUGUAGCACGCCGGGCGAAGAGAAAGAUCCGUAUCAAGGAACAUCAAUGAUGAUGGGAGAUGAAGGCGCAGUUGUACGCCGCCGUCGAGCAGUCGCCAUCGGCCGAGCUGGUGGAUCCCGAGGUGCUGACGCGGUACUUUGCCAAGUUCGACGAACAGUUUUUCCUGUACUGCGACAGCGAGCUGGCCAAAAUCAACACUUUCUACUCCGAGAAGCUCGCCGAAGCGACGCGCAAAUUCGCCAACCUGCGGACGGAGCUGAGCGAGACGCUCGAGAUGGAGGAAAACACGAAAAAGAAAAAGGACAAUCUGCACAAGAUGAAAAAGAAUCUGCUGCGCAAGAAGAACGUGUCGGUGCGCAAGAUCCAGGAGCUGAAACUCGCGUUCAGCGAGUUCUACCUCAGCCUGAUCCUGCUGCAAAACUAUCAGAACCUCAACUUUACCGGCUUCCGGAAGAUUCUCAAGAAACACGACAAGCUGCUAAACGUCGACUUCGGGGCACGGUGGCGGGCCGAGCACGUGGAGUCGGCCCACUUCUACGUCAACAAGGACAUCGAUCGGUUGAUCCACGAGACGGAGAACAUCGUGACGAACGAGAUCGAGGGUGGUGAUCGGCAGCGGGCCAUGAAGCGGCUCCGGGUGCCGCCACUGGGCGAGCAGCAAAGCCCGUGGACCACCUUCAAGGUGGGACUGUUUUCCGGAUCGCUCGUCGUGCUGUGUGUGGCCGUCGCACUGUCGGCCAUGUUUCACGUGCAGCGUGCCGAUUGGAUCGUCGCCUUCCGGCUGUACCGCGGACCACUGCUGAUCGUAGAAUUUAUGUUCCUGUGGGGCAUCAACGUGUACGGGUGGCGUUCGUCGGGGGUGAACCAUGUACUCAUUUUCGAACUGGACCCCAGAAACCAUCUGUCCGAGCAGCACAUCAUGGAGCUGGCGUCCAUCUUUGGCGUGGUCUGGACGAUGAGCGUUCUCGGUUAUCUGUACGCCGAUGCACUCGCCAUUCCGGCGUACCUUAGCCCGCUGAUAUUGUAUCUGCUGAUGGCAGGGUUUCUGCUGAACCCGACGAAAACCUUCCGGCACGAAGCGCGCUUCUGGACGCUGCGCAUCCUGAGCCGGAUCGUGCUGGCACCGUUUUUCUACGUCAACUUUGCCGAUUUCUGGCUGGCCGAUCAGUUGAACAGCAUUGUGCCGGCCUUUCUCGAUCUGCAGUACUUUCUGUGUUUCUUUUCGACAAUCAGCAACUGGAACCAUGCCGAGAACCCGAACCAGUGUAUCGACAAUUCGCUUUGGAUACGGCCGAUCGUCGCCAUGCUGCCGGCCUGGUUCCGGAUGGCGCAGUGCUUGCGCCGGUUUCGCGACACACGCGAGGCCCAUCCACAUCUUGCCAAUGCCGCCAAGUAUUCGACCUCCUUCUUCGUGGUCAUCUUUUCCUCCAUCACACAAGCCACCGGUGGCCAGUACGCGAAGAGCACCGACAAUCCCUGGUUUUACCUGUGGAUCGUGGCCUCCAUCGUUUCGUCGUGCUACGCCUACACUUGGGACAUCAAGAUGGAUUGGGGUCUGUUCGAUUCGAAGUCCAGCGAUAAUAAGUUUCUGCGCGAUGAAGUUGUCUACAGCGCGAAUUGGUUCUAUUACUUUGCCAUUGUCGAAGACCUUAUCCUACGCUUCGGCUGGACGCUCUCGAUGAGCCUCAUCGAGAUGGGUUAUAUCGAUCGUGAAAUCAUCGUGUCGAUCCUCAGCCCGCUAGAGGUCUUCAGGCGCUUCAUCUGGAACUACUUUCGGCUGGAGAACGAGCAUCUGAACAAUUGCGGUAAUUUCCGUGCCGUGCGCGAUAUUUCCGUCGCUCCGAUGGAUUGCUCCGAUCAGACCACAAUUCUGCGCAUGAUGGACGAAGAGGACGGCGUACGGAAUCGGCGCACGGUGAAGAAGCUACCGAACAAGAAGAAAUCGGAGCAACGGUUGCUUCUCCGGGAAGCCGAAUCUACCGAAGAUUUGGACAUUGGCAGUCCGCGAAAGAGGGUCCAGUGGGAAAUUUAGCGAAUUGGCAAGGAGAUGUGCGAAGGAUUCGCCAUCCUGAACGCAUCCGACGCAAAAAUGGUAGAUACGGAAGUGGAUGGAACAAGAGUCGACUCGGCAAAACAAGAAAACGGAUCUAUAGGAAUUGAUUGGCACAACUAAAUCGCAUGGAUGUUUCCGAACUUGGCAAAUGGGCUUCAUAUAUGAUACUCUUUUAUGUACACAAAUCGCCCUUCAGCUCGCCAUUAAUGUGUGUAAAACAGUUCCCGGUUCGUGGUGAAAAACAUCCUAGUGAACUAGGAUGAUCCGCCCAAUGGCUGGCACGUAUUUAGCUUUUUUCACCCACCGACCCAUGAGCCGCGAUAAUCUACCUGUAAAUUUGUUGUAAAUUUGUUCAUAAAUCGUCAAUGAAAUGGCCAAACGAAUUAAACU